GUUAAAACUGUUUUUGCACUAAUUAAAGCUUUGCUUAUCCUUAUUAUGUAUGUGGUGUGUGAUAUUCAGUUGUUUGAAUCCUAAUAUAUCUAGCGCUAUAUAAAAGUAAGAAAUGUCUUACAACUUUCAAGGAAAAGUAGCUUUAGUUACUGGUGCUACGAAAGGUAUUGGAAAGGAAAUAGCCAUAGAACUUUCAAAAAGUACCGCUAAGGUUAUAGCAGUUGCCAGAUCAAAACAGCUAUUAGAUGACUUGCAAAAAGAACAUCCAAGCAUUAAAACUGUAGUCUUGGAUAUUUCUGAUUGGGAUAAAACACGCCAAGUAUUGUCAACUGUAGGUCCCAUAGAUCUGUUAGUAAAUAAUGCGGGAAUGGGCUGGUUAAAACCAUUUUUAAAAAUGGAGGAACAAGACUUCGACAGUGUUUUUGGAGUAAACGCUAAAGCUCUGAUGAACGUAACCCAAAUAGCUAUAAAAGAUAUGAUGACAAGAAAAGUGCCUGGCUCUAUAGUCAACCUAUCUUCUCAGGCCUCAUUGGUUGGUUUGUUGGAUCACUCUGUCUAUUGCGCCAGUAAAGGCGCUGUAGAUAGUUUCACAAGAGCGGCAGCCUUGGAAUUUGGACCACAUAAAAUCAGAGUUAAUGCUGUGAAUCCCACAGUUAUUAUGACUGAUAUGGGUAAGCUUGGCUGGUCGGAUCCUAAAGUUUCCGGUCCGAUGUUGGAAAAAAUUCCGUUGAGAAGGUUUGGCGAGAUUAGUGAGGUAGUGAAUACUGUACUGUUUUUACUGAGUGACCAGUCGUCUAUGAUUACUGGAGUUACAUUGCCAAUUGAUGGUGGAUAUACUGCAGCAUAACGAAGAAAUACUCACAUUUUAGUAAUUUACUUAUUAAUAAAUAAAUGAACAAAUUUAACAAUAA